CCCUCGGAGCCUUUUCAGUUGCAAAUUGAGAGCGCGCACGCACGCGGAAGGUCCUCGCCCUCCCAUUGGUCCGCACCCGGCCGAAUGCACGAGAUCAGGGCAACUUUUGCAGCGGACGGGCAGACGAGUUCAGUGUGUGAGUUGGCCGACUGACAACAAGUGGGUUUUUCCGCAGAGAACUGUUGCACAGCACCGAGGAGAGGCUGCGGCGAACUUUUGGAACACCUGUCCCCGUGUUGCAGCGUCAAAGUAAUGACCGACACAAACCGACUUUUAAUUUAAGAGAAACGAAGACCUGCUCUGCCCGCUGUUGCUGCAUAGUGUCCCCGGUUCGUCGUGAGUAAUUAGUUGAUUCGCAUCACCCGGUGAAGUCUGUAGGAAAACCUGGCUACAAGUCGCCAGGUGGACUGCGACAAAAAGGCUGCUGUGCGACCGCGUUUCAACUCUCCAGUAAGUCGUGUCAACUUCGCUACACCUGCCCCAACAUGUACAGCAUGAUGGAACACGAGCUGAAGCCGACCGGCCAGCCCCCGUCUCACCAGACCUCCCAGGGAAUGUCACCGGUCACCGGCAACAUGACCGGGGGCAUGGGCGGCAAUGGCAACUCUCACCCGGGCUCCAAAACGGCAUGCGCGCCGGGAGUCGACCCCAUGGAUAAAGUCAAGCGGCCCAUGAACGCCUUCAUGGUCUGGUCCAGGGGACAGAGGCGCAAGAUGGCCCAAGAAAACCCCAAAAUGCACAACUCUGAGAUCAGCAAGCGGCUGGGCGCCGAGUGGAAGCUGCUGACCGACGCCGAGAAGCGGCCUUUCAUCGACGAGGCCAAGCGGCUGCGGGCGGUCCACAUGAAGGAGUACCCCGACUACAAGUACAAGCCACGCCGCAAGACCAAGCCCAUGCUCAAGAAGGACACCCAGGUGGGCAAGUACCCGCUGUCGGCAGGGAGCCUGCUGGCGGCGGCGCAGGGCCAAGGUGGGAGCCCGAGGAUGGACAGCUACGGCUGGGGCCCCACCGGGGGCUACGCCGGCAUGCAGAGCGAGGCCCUCGGCUACUCGCAGCAGCUCCACCGGUACGACCUGUCGGCUCUGCAGUACCCGCCCGCGAUGUCGGCGGCGCAGACUUACAUGAACGGAGGCAACUCGUACAGCCCCAUGUCCUACAGCAGCAGCCCGCAGCAGCCCAGCCCCGUCACCAUGUCCAUGGUGAAAGCAGAACCGGUGUCUCACUCGCCCCCAACAGGGACGCCCAACCACCACCGCGGCCCUUUGCAGGGCGACCUCAGGGACAUGAUCAGCAUGUACAUCCCUGGACCAGGGGGGGAUGCCGGUGACCCCACGGCAGCACAGAGGGGCUACACCAGCGUCCAGCAGCACUACCUCUCUGGAACCGUCCCACUCACACACAUCUAGGACUGGAAGUGGGAGUCAGGGGGGUUAAGGGGGGUGGGGGGGGGGGGUGAGGUUGAACCAAGUGGGAGGACCAGAAAUGCUCACGGUGCACAGGUGGCUGUUCAAGAGAUGGGAGUCGGGUGUGGGGGACUCUAGACGGGCAAAGAGACGUGAAGGAAAAAACACAUUUCCCAGACACAGAGGCGACUCCAUUAUUUUUUUCUUUUUCUUUGAAAAGCUGUUUUUCUACCUCUUUGGUGACAAGUUCAGAUAAAUGCCACACACACCCACCACACGUAUAGAGCAGAGACUCCUCCCUGCCCCACCAGCCUCCAGCAGACUUCUCAACGAAGGACUGCAGUGAAGACUAAGCCCAGAGUCUGUUUAUUGUGUACAUAUAAGGAAAGAUUCUCUUUUUUUAUUUUAGAAACGUAUCCAUAAUAAGUAAGACUCCUCUUUUUAAAUGCAUACCACUUUAAAACACUUGUGACAGUGGCACUCAUAACGGUUCCACCAAACCCGGGCAGUGCCGGGGGGACGGGGCCGGGUAGCGGGUUUAUUAGUCUUCCACGGAGCCGGUCCCUGCUGGCCACAGAGACUAAAGAGACCUGGCAGCCCAGUCGGUGGAUCACAAUCGCUCAGCUGGUGACGGACAAAUCACCCGAGCUGAAUCGCUCGGGUUGUUUUGGUUGUUGCUGUCCUGAUGCGUGAGAGAGCAACCGGGUGCCGGUAGGGAUAAAGGGAAGGAAAUGCACAACUUGAAUGACUGAGCUUUUUUUUUCUUUUUUCUUCUUUAAAAAUGAACUCUUUGUACCUUGGCUUUGGUUUUAGUACUGCUGUAUUUUUCUGAUUUUUAUUUUUAACUGAUAAUCUUGUUGGAUGACACGGAAACCACCUGUUGGGACAAUCAGCACUGCAUCCACAGGGAAUACACGGAGCACACUGGCCUCGGCGACGUGUGGUGUCGCUUUACAACGUGGAACCGGGCUGGUUCUUAACAUUUCCGUCAGGUCUAGUGUCCCCAGUCUCACCGCGUCACUGGAUUUAUUGUCUGGGAAAGAGGUGACUGUUUUUUGCUGCCUGUAUGAGUUUGAUUUGCUAUACUUUAGUUGUUAGAUUUGAUCUUUUUGAUAUUGUUCAGAGGUGUUGUUCUGGCAGCAUCCUGAGUCGCUCUGUGUAUUCAUUGUCACUUUGCUCUAGGCAAGAGUUGUGUUUUAUAGGCAUUUCAGUAAGCAAAUGAAUUUUAAUAUGAAAUGCUACAUUUCAGUGGUUUUAUUCCGAAAUAGCAGAUUAAGAUUUACAAGUUCUGGUAAACUGGAUUGACGAGGCCUACCAGGCAUGUAUUUUUAACCACCUGUCAAUUGUAUGUUUAACUACCAGUGAAGAGAAUGUUUCAGAUUUAAAUCUCCAGCAACCUUUUUUCAGAUAUGUACCUGUGGGUAAUGCUAUCGUUCUAUAGAUUAAAUGCUUUUAAUCCUGGUUCUCUCCAACGACAGUCCUGUUGUGUCUAUUUUCCUGUCUAGCCUGCUGUCUGGUUACUAGUGCUGCUAUGGACCUAAAGGGAACUUUUACUUUCA